UAAAAACUUGACGGGUGACAGAGAGAGGGGUUCCAGCUAGGCCGGUUUGAUUUUCGUCGCUGGGGUGCCGGGAUUCCUGCACGCCAUGGGGAAGAGGGAUAACCGGGUGGCAUAUAUGAAUCCCAUAGCAAUGGCUAGAUCACGAGGUCCUGCUCCAUCUUCAGGACCUACCAUACAAGACUACUUGAACAGACCAAGACCAACAUGGGAAGAAGUAAAAGAACAACUAGAAAAAAAGAAGAAGGGUUCCAAGGCCUUAGCAGAAUUUGAAGAAAGAAUGAAUGAGAACUGGAAAAAAGAACUGGAAAAACAUAGGGAGAAAUUGUUAAGUGGAAGUGAGAGCACCUCACGAAAGAAAGAGAAAAAGAAAAAAGAGAAGAAGAAAUCCAGUAGGUUGUCUCCAUCUUCCUCUUCCUCAUCAAGCUCUGAUUCUUCCAGCAGUUCAUCUGAUGUUGAAGAUGAGGAUAAGAAACAAGGGAAAAAGAGAAAGAAAAAAAAAUACCGCUCCUUACAGAAGUCAUCUGAAAGCUCUAGUUCAGAUUCUGAUUCGGGUAGCAAGGACAGCUUAAAAACUAAACGGUCAAAGGAAGAUUAUGAAAGAGACAAGGAUUCCAAAAGUCUUGUUAGGAAAAGAAUAAAAGCUGAUCGUAUGGAAGAAUUAUUACCAUCGGACUCUUCAUCAGAAUCUGUUCAAGCAGAGGAGGUACAAGCAAAAAAGAAGAAAAACAGUGAAGAAAAAGAGAAAAAUGAUAAAACAAAAAAGCGGAAGAAGCACAAGAAGCAUGGCAAAAAGAAGAAAAAGAAAACAGCAAGCUCAAGCUCUCAUCCAAAAUACUUAAGUCAAGUUUUUUUUUCAUCAAAAGUGCAAUGAGACUAUAGAGAAUUGCAAUUGUGAAAAUUAUGACAAAUUCUGCCAACUGCAUGAGCUCUCCUAUGUGUUAACGAAUCUAGACAUUCAGCUUGCCCGGUACCAUUGGGCUGGAAAUAGCCAUUGUUGUUGCCUGAUGCUUAAUAUACAUGUAGUACCCCCUUCUAGCCCUCCAGUAGCUGGUAGGACAUAUUUUGAAAGAAGUCCAUCCCAUGGUUUAAAUGAGUGAGCAGCAGUGUAAAACUGGGUGGAUACCAAGAGGUUUUGCCUACUGUAUUCAGGGAUCUGUGCACAUGUUCUGAUAUACAGAUGUCAAUCAGUUUCAUCUGCUGUAAUGAAUGAGGCAGCUCCCUGUGGACAAAGAUGCUGUAUACGCAUUGGGAUGUCUGUACUCAAACCAAAGUUGAAUUGAGUUUUUAUUUUAACAGACUAGUAACGGAACUUAAUUUUCUAUUACAAAGAUAUUUGCAAAAUUCCUCUACAGAAUUGAAUGUCACAUGGCAACUCCUGUGACAUUUCAUUUCUACUGAUACCAUUUUUGGAACAGGAGCAUACCAUUACUAUAUACAAAUCUUACUUUUUUAGAUACGUGUAAUAUAAUUUUGUGCUUGUGUGUUUGGGUUGAAGUUGAUUAGAGGGCAUUGAUUUGACAAAGGAUAACAGUUUUGCUAAUAGUGUUACGAUACUUCCAAUAAUACAAACUGCAGCCUUUUUCUUUAUGAAUUUAAGGGAAAAUCCACUAAGAAUUUUCUGAUAAUGUCCCAUUAAAGUAAAUGGAACUGUGGAAGACUAGCUAGGCCAAGAAUUAUAACUGAGCUGAUUAUGAUGGGCUGCUAUUUUUUUAUUUAUGUGUAAUAACUUUCAUUUUUCAUCCUGGGAUGGCAGUAAUUCUAAUAAUGAAAUAUAGGCUUGGCUGAUAUUUCUAAAAAUGAAAGCUGGACAUCAUUCUUUUUCCUUAGUCAUGUUCAUAUCUAGUGUUGGAGUUGGGUAGGGAGAAAAGUGCCUAUAGUUUAGGAGCAAGUGAAGAUGGGGACUGACAGUUCAGUUAGCCUCGUUUUUAUUUCAAAUAUAAGACACUCUGCUUUAUAUAUGAGGAAGAAAGGAAAAAUAUAGCUUAUUAUUCCCAUCUAAAUUGGCCCUGCCUCUAUUUUGAACCCGUAGCAUAUGCUGCUGGAGUAGGCAAAGAUACCAAUCUAAUAUGGCAUAGCUGAUAUCUCUAAAGUGAGGACUUUAUUACCAUUGAAUUAAAACAAUACUGAGAUAAUAAUAAUAUGCAUCACCAUUAUUUGAAGUGGCAUUGAGUUUAAUUGUACUUUUUUGUUAUUUUUUUAAACUAUUAACAUAUUUAGAAUUAAUGUUCUGCAUGAUUUUGUACCAUUGUAAUAACUAAUUAAGGAAUACAGUUAUAAUCAGUGUUUUUAAUUAUUAAUUAUAUUUCACAUGCAACAUUGCAUUCAUCCUUGUGUUAAUGUACACCUGCUGAAAAUAUUUAGCAUGUAAAAAGCUGAGGGGUGUUAUCAGACAGCUUCAUAUUGAAACUGUUUUUAUUCUACACAAGUUCAGUGGAAGAUCUCUUAUACAACUAUGUCCUGGUAUACACAAACUGCCAGACACUUAGUAAAGACAAUGUUUUAAAAGUUCCUUUGUUCUGGAUUAUGUGUGUAUCAUUUUAGCUUCUUUAGCAAUAAAGCGUAUUUCCCUGUA